CGGUUCGUAUAGUAUGUUUUAUUUGCCGGUCGCACAAAUCUUAGAGAAAAUAGAGACCAAGAGCACUUCGCUGAGCGCAGCUUUAUCUGUUUUUCCCGAGUUGUCGCGACGAGAUUAAAGACGCGGACUCUAUUGCUAUCGCUGAGGGAGAGGACGUAAACAGACGAGUGUAACAUUUCUAAUUAGUUAGUGAAUUUUCAGGAAGUCCUGAAAUUUGGAUGGAAGAGUAAAAUUGUCAAUAUUCUCGGUAUUGACGGAUCGAUGCAUCGGUGGAGCCAUCGAGCGACUGGUGUAACGAGGCAAUUGAUCCACUCAUGUCUAUGAAAAUAGCUUUUCCCCUUAACACGACUUGGCAACAAUUGCGUACUUGAUAUUAUUGGUGCAGCAAUUUCUUUUUUUGCGUUGGCCCGCGUGUUUUCAUGUCCUCGAAUGAAAACUUUUUUGCUCUAGCGUCAUUACAAGGAGCUGUUGAAUAUCGACUCUAUAUCUUGGUGAAGCAGCUUUUUGUUUGUCGAACAGUUGGUCAAAAUUUGGUUCUUUUUGCCUUGCUGAUGAUAGAUUCCUUGUGAUCCUCGUGACAUUUUGAUCAUCAUUUGCUUCCGAAGACUAAGCUGAAGAUAAGUACGACUGUUAGAAGGUGAACCACAAUUUUAGUAUAUAAUGAGCGGUCGUAAGAAAGGUUAUUCGCCCACCGUUACGGAGGUGAACUCGGUGGCGCGAGAGCUCGAGGGCUUGGGUUUGUCGGAUACCUCCGAUGAAGAGAGGAUGGAGAGUUCACCGAUUGCUGCAGAUCUGAAUGGUGGAGUGAGCAAACGUGGCGUAAACGCUGAUACCGAGGACACGUCAUUACGUAAGGUCCCGCUGCCGCUGCAGCGCGGCAAAUUUGGGCGGCUAGUUGACGAACUAGCGACUGGGAUCAAUCCGGCGGUGGUUUUGCGCAUGCGCUGUCUGGUGAUCGGCAGCGCCGGCGCGGGCAAGACGUCGAUUAUCCGUCGUGCCCUGGGCAUGAAAAAUCACGACGGACGGACGUUUGGUAGUAUUCCGAAAUGCGAGGAUCGGCCAAAGAUCAAAAAGCGCGCUACACUGGAUAAACAAAGCUAUCUCCCGACGAUGGGACUGCGGUGUAGCCUGGACGAUGAUAAAAAUGCAACAGGGAUGAAAAAGAAUCAGCAACAAAGCUCUGAUUUCUACACACAGCCGGGGGCCGUAGCAGUAGACCCGAAGACUGGCAUGCACGUGUUUUCGGGUCCCGAAGCCACGGGUCCUUCCUGUUACACCAUUCCUGUGCUCGUCGAAGAAGCUAAUCUUUUGGUCGAACUCCACUGCUACGAUUUGGGCGCCAGCUCAAACAGCAUGGCCCAGUUUGACCAUUUCUUUAAGGCUUUUUCGCUGACGCAAUGCAACGCCGUGAUUUGCGUGUGCGAUUUGAUGCAGCCCAAGAGCUUUGGCGUACAGAAAAUGCUGGAGAAAAUUCGCUUACCACAAUUGCAACUUACGCCGAGUGGCGUAAUACUCGGGAACAAACUGGAUCAGCUCUACGAUCCAUCCGCAAAAAAGUUUACCACCGAAACGCCACCCGAGGUAAGGCAAGGGGCGGAGGCCGCAGGUUUUGGAUACUUUGAAACGAGCAUAUUCGCGGAAGACGACAGUCUCUUGCGCCCCUUUCAUUACCUCGCUGAAAAUUAUGCACGAAGAUAUCGAAAACGCGAAGAGGCUCUGAAAAAUGUCAGAUGAUGAUUGAGUUGCAAGACUGCUCUAUUGACGACGACGACGAGGUGAUGAAGAGGGCUGUUGUAGAGAAGUCGCCAAACUAAACAUAAAUGAUGAUCAGAAUCAUCUUCUGUUAGAGACGUAACAAUUUUUCCGAGAAGGUUGAUUAAAUAGUCUUCGUAUUGUCUGUAAAUCCUGGGACGCUAAUAUGUAAGAAAUUUCUACCUCGGAAUUCUUCAUCGCGUGAACAAUAUUCCAGACAGGUCUACCCAGAAAUUCUACAUCUAACUGACGCGAACAACAUUAUUGUGAAAAUAUGUGAAGAAAUAAUCAUGAGAAAGCAG